GGAGGCGAAGGCGGCUACGGUGUAAACCCUGAGCUGAGUGUACAUUGCAGGGAAAAAGGUAUGGAAUUGGAUCAUCAUUUCAUCAAAGAAGCUCAGGUGAUGAUACCAGCUGUCUGAAAUAUGGCAAUGUUGAUGUUAUAAGUUCUUGAUCUUCCGCAAUGGGUGAGCCACAACAAGUGAGUGCUCUCCCACCACCUCCAAUGCAGUACAUCAAGGAAUAUACAGAUGAAAAUAUUCAGGAAGGCCUAGCUCCCAAGCCUCCACCUCCAAUAAAAGACAGUUACAUGAUGUUUGGCAAUCAGUUCCAAUGUGAUGAUCUUAUCAUCCGCCCUUUAGAAAGUCAGGGCAUCGAACGGCUUCAUCCUAUGCAGUUUGAUCACAAGAAGGAACUGAGAAAACUCAAUAUGUCUAUUCUUAUUAAUUUCUUAGACCUCUUAGAUAUCUUGAUAAGGAGUCCUGGGAGUAUAAAACGAGAAGAGAAACUAGAAGAUCUUAAGCUGCUUUUUGUACAUGUGCAUCAUCUCAUAAAUGAAUACCGACCCCACCAAGCAAGAGAGACAUUGAGAGUCAUGAUGGAGGUGCAGAAACGUCAACGCCUUGAAACAGCUGAGCGGUUUCAGAAGCAUCUGGAACGAGUCAUUGAGAUGAUUCAGAAUUGCUUGGCUUCUUUGCCUGAUGAUUUGCCUCAUUCAGAAGCAGGGAUGAGAGUAAAAACUGAACCAAUGGAUGCUGAUGAUAGCAACAAUUGUACUGGACAGAAUGAACAACAAAGAGAAAAUUCAGGUCACAGGAGAGACCAGAUUAUAGAGAAAGAUGCUGCCUUGUGUGUCCUAAUUGAUGAAAUGAAUGAAAGACCAUGAAGGA